AUUAAAUGAGACGGAUAUGCGGAGCAUUUCUCUCCCUCUCCGUUGACCAAAACGUUGCUCUGGCAUCUCUGCUGGACUGACUGAGUUAUAGGCUACGUCGAGUGAGAGAGCUGUGAGGUAGGCUGUAAACAUUCGAAAACUCGGGCGGUCUAUGUUGCCCCCUUGCGGUUGCAGUUUUCCCGAUGCUUCGGGAGUCCCGAUGUGCGGGAAUGAAAGGAGCAUUCUCAACCCGUACCAUCUGUAUAUAUACACACUAGGUGCUUGAGGAGAAGAUCAUGACCUUUGUGAAGAAUGAGCUGAAGAGAUUCAAGAAGAUUCUGAGUCCAGAUUACCAAGAACACUUUGAGGGUAAAGAGCAGGAUGAGAGUGAUGCCAGAGAAGGGACUCUCAAGAUGGCACUGCACUUCCUGAGGAACAUGAAGCAGAAACAUAUUGCUGACAAACUGCAAGAAAACGAAUAUGAUGUGGUUUGUCAAACGGAGCUGAAGAGAAAUCUCAAGAAAAAGUACCAGAGUGUGUUUGAAGGAAUACUCAAGCAAGGGAGCUCUGCUCUGCUAGAAAAGAUCUACACAGAGGUCUACAUCACAGAGGGAGGAAGUGGGAAAGUAAAUGAGGAGCAUGAAGUCAGGCAGAUUGAGUCCAAAUCCAAGAGAUCAGCUGGACAGGAGACACCAAUCAAAUGCACAGACAUAUUUAAGCCCUUACCUGGCCAAGACAAACCAAUCAGAAGUGUCAUCACAAAGGGCGUAGCUGGCAUUGGCAAAACUGUCUCAGUUCAGAAAUACAUCCUGGACUGGGCUGAUGGGAAAGAAAACCAGGAUGUCCACUUCAUAUUUCCACUGCCUUUUCGGGAGCUCAACAGCAUGAAACACAAACAGCUCUCUUUGAUGGAUCUUCUUCACCACUUUUUCUCAGAAAUAAAGCAGUUAACUUUUCCCAGCCAGGGGAAGUACAAAGUGUUGUUCGUCUUUGAUGGUCUGGAUGAAUGUCGACUCCAACUAGACUUUCAGAAAAAUGAAAUUUUGACUGAAGUGACAAAGGUCACUUCAUUAGAUGUUCUGCUGACAAAUAUCAUCAAGGGUAAUCUGCUUCGUUCUGCUCUCCUUUGGAUCACCUCUCGACCAGCAGCAACCAAUCAAAUCCCUCCUGAGUGUGUCGACCGGGUCACAGAAGUACAAGGGUUCAGCGACCCUCAGAAGGAGGUGUACAUCAGGAAGAGGAUCAGUGAUCAGAGUCUUGCCAGCAAAGUCAUUUCUCACAUUAAAUCAUCCAAAAGCCUCCACAUUAUGUGCCACAUUCCAGUGUUUUGCUGGAUUGCUGCUACUGUUAUUGAAUUUAUUCUUAAGACUGAAGGAAAUAAGCAAGUUCCAAAGACUUUGACAGAGAUGUACACGUAUUUCCUUAUAUUUCAAACCAAGCAGAGGAGUCUGAAAUUUGAAGGAGUUUAUGACACAGAUCCACAGUGGAACCAGGUUAGUCUCCUUGCUCUUGGAAAGUUGGCCUACGAGCAGCUGAAGAAGGGCAACCUGAUCUUUUAUGAGGAAGACCUGAGAGAGAGUGGCAUUGAUGUCAGAGAGGCAGCAGUACACUGUGGCAUCUGCACCCAGAUCUUUCAAGAAGAGUCAGGCCUUCAUCAGGAAAAGUUGUACUGCUUUGUGCAUCUGAGCAUCCAGGAGUACCUUGCCGCACUUCACGUUCUUCUGAUGUUAAUUGCAGAAGGGAAAGACCUAAUGUCCUUACAGAAACCCCCCGGAGCAGCGGAAAUAGUGCAUGCAUCCAUGAGCACCUUACUGAAGAGAGCUGUGGACAAGGCUUUGGAACAUGAAGAUGGGCGCUUUGAUCUGUUCCUCCGUUUCCUUCUUGGCCUCUCUCUGGAAUCCAACCAGAGACUUUUGAGAGGCCUAAUAAAGGAAGUACAACAUGAAAGCAAAGAGGAAAUAGGCAGCUACAUCAAGACAAAGAUCAGGGAGAUACCAUCAUCAGAAAGAGCUCUCAACCUCUUCCACUGUCUGAAUGAAGUCAAUGAUCACUCCUUAGUGGAGGAGGUCCAGAGCUUCCUGAGUGCAGGGACACUUUCUGAAGCCAAACUCUCAUCCACACAGUGGUCAGCUCUUGUGUUUGUGCUUCUGACAUCAGAAGAAAAGCUGGAUGUGUUUGAUUUGAAGAAGUACAGCAGGUCUGAUGAAUGUCUCCUAAGGCUGCAGCCAGUAGUGGAGGAAUCCCAAAAGGCUCUGUGA